GUCUUUCACCGCGUUCUUAUACAUAAUCCAGUUUAUUCGUGAGGAACGAGUGCACCUUUAACACGCAGACUGUAUAUUUAUAUCGUAUUGCACCGCUUAUAGCACCGUUUUCAGUUUCCUCAGGAAGCAGCUCGCCUCAGGAACGUUUCGUCCUCGCGCCAGGACUGACGUCGCUGUAGCUCCGCCCCCUCGCUCUGUGGAAACUGUGUCACUGGGUUAAAGUGACUGUAGCAAGCGCGCGCGCACGCAAGCUCGGGGUUGGUGUGGGGGGGCGGAGAAAUGGCCCAUAGCAACAAACCUCAGAACAUUCAGUUCUUAGCAGCAGCAGUCACUUGGCGAUCUGCUGGACCUACAGUCUCUGUACAGUGAGAUUACGUCUCCCAUGUGAAGCGUUUUGUUUUUGUUUUAUUUUAUAUUAACCAACGGGGGAAAUAAUCUCGCGUUUUUAUUCGUAUCUUUCGGAUAAUUUUUGGUAGCAACGGAGGUUCCUGAAGAGGUUCCUGGUUAGUAAUUUAGCACCUUAGCAUCUCAUUUUGUGUUAGCUGUGUUUUAACACGAAAAUGGGAUCAACGAAACCAGCUGGGGUAAUCGCGUACAUCUGCUCUUCCGGCUCUGCCUCCAGUCCCAAAUCCUGCUUGAGUGACGGCUCCAAUGUCCACACACAGUCCACAUCCCCUCCCUCUUCAACAGCACAGGGCCUGAAGAUGGAAAUGCCGAGCGCCAGGCCUUUUAGCAUCCCUAAACCCACCAACUCUCGCAUGCCUGGCUUGGAGAAGAACGCAGCCAAGAGCAGCAUCACAAAGCUGAACGGCAUGGUGAUGCUGUGUAAAGUGUGCGGCGACGUGGCUUCGGGAUUUCAUUACGGCGUCCACGCCUGUGAAGGUUGCAAGGGCUUUUUCCGGAGAAGCAUUCAGCAGAAUAUCCAGUAUAAAAAGUGCAUGAAGUCAGAGAACUGCACAAUCAUGCGCAUAAACCGAAACCGCUGCCAGCAGUGCCGAUUCAAGAAGUGCCUAGCAGUGGGGAUGUCACGGGACGCCGUGCGGUUUGGACGUAUCCCGAAGCGGGAGAAGCAGCGCAUGCUCCUGGAAAUGCAGAACGCCAUGAACAGCGUGAUGACCGGCGCCCAGCUGCACCAAGUGCUCAGAGACUCCAGCUCCUGCUCUCCGUCGUCAUCCUCUUCCUCUCCCUCUCCCCCGUCCUCACCACAGUGCUCUCAGGACUCGGAGUCAUUAGUGCCAAUGGACACCAUGAGCUUGGCCUCAUCCUGUUCCUCAGACAGCGGGGAGGAGGAUUCGGUGCCUCGGGCUGAUGGAUUUCAUCUCGCACAAUCAGGGGGCGCCCUUUCACUGGGCCUUUCAGAACGACUGAGCAACAGCAACAUGACAAACAUCCACGGCUCUCCCUGUGAAAGCCGGCAGCAAAUCACCAUCAGGUACCACAGCAGCGUGAAGCCCGAUAAUGCCUCAUAUUGCCACUAUAGCAGACCCAAUCUGAACGAGCUCACUGGAGUAUCAGCCAACCGAAGUCACCUGGUGUGUCCCAUGAACACUUCACCCAUAGUGGACCCGUCCAAGUCUAGCCAUGAGAUAUGGGAGGAGUUCUCCAUGAGCUUCACGCCUGCCGUGCGAGAGGUGGUGGAGUUUGCCAGGCAGAUUCCAGGCUUCCGUGAGCUCUCGCAGCACGACCAGGUCAGCCUGCUCAAGGCUGGAACAUUCGAGGUGCUGAUGGUGCGCUUCUCCUCGCUGUUCGAUGUGAAGCAGCGCACCGUGAGGUUCCUGAAUGGGCGGAGCUACAGCGUGGAGGCUCUGCGCUCCAUGGGAGCUGGAGAACUUCUCUCAUCCAUGUUUGACUUCAGUGAGAAGCUCAUGGCGCUGCAGCUAAGCCCAGAGGAGAUAAGCCUCUUCACCGCACUCGUGCUCGUCUCUGCCGACCGUACAGGAAUCGAGGACGUGAGCUCGGUGGAGGCUCUUCAGGAGAACCUGAUCAGAGCUUUGAGGAACCUGAUCAUGAAGAAUCACUCGAACGAGGCGGCCGUCUUCACCAAGCUGCUGCUGAAGCUACCGGAGCUGCGUUCCCUCAAUAACAUGCACUCGGAGGAACUGCUUUCCUUCAAGGUCCACCCUUAAAACGGACCUGCUCUUCUCUCUCGGACCAAACCGGGCUGUACAUUUCCCUCUUGAAUGUAUUUAAUGCAGAAGAUUUAUUAUUACUAUUAUUAUGAUGAUUAAUAUUAUUACUACAACGUCAAAAGGGUUUUGGGUGAGGGAGUCCAGAAAAGUGGUGAAUUUAUUAAUUUUUUUUUCUUCUGUCCUAUUAGUUUGAGAUCACACACAUAAUCUAAGUAUAAGAAAAAUGGGUUGCCAGAUUGGGGUUACACUUUAAUUCAAUCACAGUUGAAACCCUUUACAAAGUCACACUUCUUGGUUCAUGCCUCACACGUCAUGUUAGCUUGGAUCAUUUCCUGAUUAUUUAACAGCUCGGAUAAAAUGAGAUAAAAGCCAUAACGGCUAUUAUCUCAGAGAAAUCAGUUAUUAAGUGUCUAGACAUUUGCUAAAGCUGCUUUUUACCACCUUCAGCAACCACCAGAGUUGAGUUUGUUGUCUCGUUACAUGACUCUUUAGAAUAAAUCCGUACUCCGAUUGGUCAGAAGGUGCCGAUUAAUUUCUGAAUAUCUCCAGCUGUAAUAAAAAAAAGUAGGUUUAAAUAAAUCUGCAUCUGAAGAGAGCUGCUAUAGAGAGCUUCAUGGACAUACAACAGCUUUAACUGUAAAAGAGUGUUUUAUCUCUUACAGCAAGGACAGGAAAAAAAAAACAAUACUGCACCUCAGGUCUGGACUUCUCUAAGGAACAGAAUGCUGUAUUUUUGUGUACGUAUAUAUUAUAUAUACAGUAUAUAACAUGUUUGAGUUUGAAUUGCACACGUUGUGGUAUUAUCGGUGAUUCGGACAGCACAGCUGAGACUGAGACAGAGAUGACUGCUGUUAACUUCCCAAGCGUGUUGAGUGGUGACCGUUCCAGGUCCCGCUCUUGCUUUCUCUGCACUAUUCUUUGCACACUUGACAAAAAGGACGGAAUCAUAUCCAAGUUUCUGAAGCGUGCAAUAGGUGCUAAUGCAUGAUUACGUGUAGUUGAAUAGUUGAAUGUGGUGUCCGGAAUGUUCUGUUUUAACGAAAUGUCCUACUUAUUUUUUGUUUUGUUUCGUUUCGUUUUGUUUCGGCUCCUCCGUCGUCAUCAUCUUCAUUGUUUGGGUGUCUUUUGUAUUUUAUUCAUGAAUGUAGGCUGCGCAUUUAAAAAGCAGCGCUUAUUAAAAACGUCAACACGCUGCUUUCGCACGUGGCGGUGUGGAACGCGACGGAAACACACGCAACGUGUAAACGCUCUGUAUUUACGUCUAUGCAUAUCCCUGACACCACAUGACGCAUUGGACUCCAUCUUCCAUCACGGGAAACAUCACUGGAGAUCUUUUUAUCUACCAGCGUGAAUGUGUAUCAGAACACACGCACCUGCUCUAUAGCGUGUGUACUUUACAGACAACUCCGAAGCAGGAUUUAAGAGAUUAAACCGAAAUGGGAUUUUUUUCCAGGGGUUCGCCCCGCACCUCCUCUUUUCAUCACUAUGCAGCUCGACCGUACAGACUUUUCAUACUUCAACCGUGAUAAAGAAGCUUGAUAUGUGUAACGUAGCGUAAUGUUAUAUUCUUUAUGUCCAUAUUGUGCUCUGUUGUGUAAGAUAUACAGUAUAUCUAUAUAUAGUAUAUAAAUAAAUAUCUAUUAGUCAACUAUA